ACAGCUCUAAAGGAGUGGGUGUCUCUGUCUAAAGGAGAGAAGGACAAGCUCCAGCAUCAGAGUGCUGAGGACGGGGAGUUUCUGGAUGGCCUUUGAGGACUUCAAGAAGAACUACACCAAGAUAGAGAUCUGCAACCUGACCCCUGAUGCCCUGGAGGACGAUAAGAUCCACAAGUGGACGGUGUCUGUGAACGAGGGUCGCUGGGUCAGAGGCUGCUCCGCCGGGGGUUGUAGAAACUACCCAGAUACUUUCUGGACCAACCCUCAGUACCGCCUGCGUCUCUUGGAAGAGGAUGAUGACCCAGAGGACAACGAGGUGGCGUGUUCCUUCGUGAUCGCUCUGAUGCAAAAGAACAGACGGAAAGAGAGGAAGCUGGGAGCCAAUCUCUUCACCAUCGGAUUUGCCAUCUACGAGGUACCGAAGGAGAUGCACGGCAACAAGCAACACAUGCAGAAGGACUUCUUCCUGUUCAACUCAUCCAAGGCUCGCUGCAAGUCCUACAUCAACCUGAGGGAGGUGACCCAGCGCUUCCGUCUGAGCCCCGGGGAGUACGUGAUCAUCCCGUCMACCUACGAGCCUCACCAGGAYGGAGAGUUCAUCCUCAGAGUCUUCUCCGAAAAGAGGAACACCUCAGAGGAGAUAGAGAACAGGAUCGAGGCCGACCAUCCAGUGAUGGACGGGACAGGCAGACUCAGCCUGCAGGAGUUCAGACAUCUCUGGAACAAGAUCAAGCAGUGGCAGGGAAUUUUCCAACACUAUAACUCGGACCAGGCUGGUAGCAUCAACAGCUACGAGAUGAGAAAUGCUGUCAACGAUGCAGGCUUUCGUCUCAACAAUCAGCUCUAUGACAUCAUCACCAUGCGCUACGCCAACGAGGGCAUGAACAUCGACUUUGACAGUUUCAUCAGCUGUCUGGUCCGGCUGGAAGCCAUGUUCA